UCAUGCAAAUCAUCCUUUGUUAGUCAAAGUGUCGUUUACUAGUAUAGUGCUAGAUUAUGGAUUUAGCAAAGAGAGCAUUACUUGUGGUCCUAAGUUUGGUUCUUCUUGUCAUACUACCAUAUAUAGCGCCUGUUGAAUGUUCUAGGCAUAGAAUAAAUCCUUACAAUGUUAACAAGGAGGAAAAUUCCUUGGAAAACAACCAUCAUGUGACUGAUCUCCCCGGCCAACCGGCGGUUGAUUUUCAACACUAUGCCGGAUAUGUGAAUGUGAACCAAAAAAAUGGAAGGUUUAUGUUUUAUUGGUUCUAUGAGGCCUCUUCACAACCUGAUGAAAAGCCACUAGUUUUGUGGCUUAAUGGAGGUCCAGGAUGUUCUUCUGUUGGUUAUGGAGCAACACAAGAGAUUGGUCCUUUCCUUGUGGACAAUAAUGGUCUUAGCCUUAAAUUAAAUCCUUUUGCGUGGAAUAAAGUGGCCAACAUGUUGUUCCUAGAAUCUCCUGUUGGAGUUGGCUUUUCCUAUACGCAGACUAGUAGCGAUUAUGAUAAUAUUGGGGAUGACUUUACUGCAAAUGAUGCUUAUGAGUUUCUCCAAAAGUGGUUCAUCAAAUUUCCAACGUAUAGAAACCGUACAUUUUACAUUGCAGGGGAGAGUUACGCAGGAAAAUAUGUUCCAGAAUUGGCUGAGCUCAUCCAUGACAAGAACAAGGGUCCUUCUCUUUACAUUGACCUAAAGGGCAUCUUGAUGGGUAAUCCUGAAACAUCAGAUGCUGAUGACUGGAGAGGGUUGGUGGACUAUGCUUGGAGCCACGCAGUUGUCUCCGAUGAAACUCACAAGAUCAUCGGAGACACUUGCGAUUUCGAUAGCGAAAACACUUGGAGCAACCUCGAGUGUACUCAAGGUGUGGAUGAAGUCCUUAAACAGUAUAAGGAGAUCGAUAUUUACAGCUUGUAUACUUCACUUUGUACUAUCAAUUCCACCAAUCAUACCUCUGGAUCCAUGGAAGUCAUGUUUAAAGCCAGCUCCAAAAUGAUGCCGAGGAUCAUGGGUGGUUAUGACCCUUGCCUGGAUGAUUAUGCAAGAACUUACUAUAAUAGACCAGAUGUUCAAAAAGCUCUUCAUGUUAGUGAUGGUGUUCAGCUGAAGAAUUGGAGCAUAUGCAACUUAACAAUAUUUAGUAACUGGGCAGAUUCAAAGCCAUCUGUACUUCCUAUUUACAAGAAGUUAAUUGGUGCUGGACUUAGAAUAUGGGUGUACAGUGGGGAUACAGAUGGAAGAGUUCCUGUAUUGUCUACAAGAUACAGUCUAAAUGCUCUUGGUUUACCCAUUACUAAACCUUGGAGGCCAUGGUACCAUGAGAAACAGGUGAGUGGGUGGUAUCAAGAAUAUGAGGGCGUUACAUUUGCUACAUUCAGAGGAGCUGGCCAUGCUGUGCCUAUAUUCAAACCCAGCAGCUCGCUUUCCAUGUUUACAUAUUUUCUUCAAUCAGAAUCUCUUCCAUCAGCACGUUAAAGUUUGUGGUAUAAAUAAAGAUACUCCCAGAAUGCUUAAUAAGGCAAUUUUGUUAUGAAAGUUAUGCAUUCUGGUAUUGCCAAGAAGCGUCUCAUCUAACUACUUUGUAACCUUUAGGGUGGGAGUUGUAUGAACUAUGAUAAGUGUUCAAAGAUAUAUGUAUUUAUAUAUAUAUAUGGGGUAUAUUACAUAUCAAAAUAGUAUAAUCUCCUAAGCAUUUAAAAAAUUAUUUAUUUUUCCUUUGUAUUAUUCACGCUUAUAUAUAUAUAUUAUUCAUACGAACUCCA